AGCGUGGGUUAUCUUGUUGAAUCGGAGAAUCGAUAGAUAGGGUUACGUGAGUUACUUGUAUCGAGAUCAAAGCACAGGUUUAUAUUCUCUCUAUUGAUCCGUUGAUUUUGGUUGUUUAAUUGAAAUCAAAGGUAGCUAGGGUUCUUGAGAUUUUGUAUUUUUGCAGAAUUUGGAUUUGUGCAUAUGGCUAGUCUUAAUGGAAAGAUGAAAUUCAAGUAUGAAGAUGAUGAUGAUGGAUAUGGAGAUCCUUCGUGUGUCGAGUCAAAAAUAGAGCCUAAUUAUCCCAUCAUGGACGACUCAGAAGAAGAUUACGUGGAUGAAGGAUUCGAUUCAGCUGAACCAAAUCAAGGAAACGUAGAUGUUAACUUGAAGAACGUGUUGAGUGGGUUGAUAGCAAUCGUCACCGGGAGCAACAAACAACCACCUUCUUCCUCUUCUUCCAACCAGAACGUCUCCUUCCUUGGCUCCUCCGUUUACAUACCAAGUGCCCCGCCUCUUCUUGAACCCAACUACAGUGUUUACAAGGACUUGCUCGAAGCUGAACCUCCUCACUGGCUCCCCGACAGUUCCACCACUACCUGCAUGCACUGCUCCUCUCCCUUCACCGCCAUCACUUGCGGCAGGCAUCACUGUCGCUUCUGCGGAGGGAUAUUCUGUAGGAACUGCUCCAGAGGAAGGUGCUUGAUGCCCACCAGGUUCCGUCAAAGGAACCCCCAGAGAGUCUGUGAUUCCUGCUACGAGAGGCUUGAUCCUUUGCAAGGUGUCCUCAUUAACUCUAUUAGUAAUGCUGUUCAGGUUGCAAAGCAUGAUGUUGUUGAUUGGACCUGUGCAAGAGGCUGGUUGAAUCUCCCCAUUGGUCUUUCCAUGGAAGAUGAGAUCUACAAGGCUUCUAAUACCUUGAGAGGCUACUCCCAGGUUGCUAGAUCUGACCCUGAGAAAUCCAUCCCUCUUGCCCUUCUUCGUCGAGCUCACGGUUUGGCCAUCCUCACUGUCGCUAAAGCUGGGGCCUUUCUCUCCUACAAUCUCGGCACUGGUCUGGUUAUCUCUCGGAGAUCAGACGGGUCAUGGUCUGCUCCAUCUGCCCUACUCUCGCUAGGUCUAGGAUGGGGUGCUCUGGUUGGGGGUGAGUUGAUGGACUUCAUUAUAGUGCUGCAUGACUUGAAAGCUGUCAAGACCUUCUGCAGCAGAAUGCACUUCUCUCUAGGCGCAGGGUGCAGUGCAGCUGCAGGACCUCUAGGGAGAGUCUUGGAGGCUGACCUCCGCGCUGGUGAUAGAGGCUCUGGCCUCUGCUAUACUUACAGCCGUUGCAAAGGGGCUUUUGUGGGAGUAUCCCUUGAAGGCAAUGUGGUGACGACGAGAAGGGACACAAAUGUUAACUUCUAUGGCGAUCCAUACCUAAGCACAUCUGACAUUCUACUUGGGAUGGUGGAUCAACCCAAAGCGGCUCAACCAUUGUACACUGCGCUCAAUGACCUCUACGCAGGUCUACGUCAGUAAUCUCCAUUCGCAUUAUAAACAACUCGUGUGAUGAUAUAUCUUUUAAUUGUACAUGUACGUAGAUAGCAAUUGUUUCUUUCUACAACUUAUGAAACUUUUAGCAAUUGGUUAAUUUAAUUAUGGAUUCUUUACCGUCUUU